CUCUUUAUUUAAAUUCCAAUCCCUUCAUUUUCCCCUUUGCCUCUCUUCCACUUCCUCUUCCACUUUCUCUUCAUCCAAACACCAAAAUCAGAGCUCGAAAUCAUCUCCCAUGGCAGCUCUACGAUCUAUUUCCAACUCUCUGCGAUUAGCCUACUCGAAUCCGACUAAUUCCUCUCUUAAUCGGCCUGUUUCCGUCAAGCUUUCCUGUCCAUUGGUCACUCAGAGCUCCAACCUCUUCUCCGCUUCGAAGAAUCUGAGUUUCUCCGCCACUAAAAGACCGUUCUCUUCCCGAACUAGCGCCAGUUCCUCUGAUUCUUCUAGUCCGAGUAGAGUUCAGGAAUUAUAUGUUUAUGAAAUCAACGAAAGAGAUCGUCAAAGUCCUGCGUAUCUUAAGUUAAGCCAGAAGAAUACGAAUGCGCUUGGCGAUCUGGUUCCAUUCACUAACAAACUAUAUACCGGAGACCUGGAGAAACGGGUAGGAAUAACGGCAGGGCUAUGCAUAUUGGUGCAAAACAAACCGGAGAUGAAAGGUGACCGUUACGAGGCAAUAUACAGCUUUUACUUUGGUGAUUACGGUCACAUAGCGGUGCAAGGGCCUUACAUCACCUACGAGGACACGUAUCUGGCUGUGACUGGUGGGUCAGGGAUCUUUGAAGGUGUGAAGGGUCAGGUUAAACUCCAACAGAUCAUAUUCCCUUUCAAGCUCUUCUAUACCUUUUACUUGAAGGACAUUGGGGACUUGCCUCCCGAACUUGUUGUUAAGCCCACUCAGCCCAGCCCAGCUGCUGAGCCCACCGCAAAUGCCAAGGCUUGCCACCCACAUGCCACCAUCUCUGGUUUCACUGACUAGUAUUAAGUUACUUGAUCGUAAUCUCGUUGCCUCCUAUAGAGUGGUUUCCUUUGUCUAUUCUAUAGACCAUAUCUAAUGUUCUUUUCUUUUUAGUUCAAUGAUGAUAUAUAGAGUGAGGGUUCGAACUUCUAAUCUCUUAACCAGUUGAGUCAAUCUAUUCGGAACUGUACUUGUGUGUAAUAAUCAUACUUUCAAUGGUCUACAGAAUUUGUUGGGCAGGAAACGUAUUCUCUAUUGAGGGUUAUGAUUUGUAAUUUUGUAGACUAUCAAGUGUGUUUGAUAUAGAGGUUGUAUUUUGUAAUUGCCCCUUUAUUUAAGUGUAUAAUAGAAUCGUUUGGUCAUUAUUGAUCCUUAA